UCUUCGAAUUAUAUAAAGUUAGUUAGGAAUUAUCCUCAAAUUCAAAUCCGAUUUCAAGAUUACUAUAAAUUACUACUCCAUAAUCCAGUUUGGCGCCUCCAAUCAGAUUUGAAGCGCGCGCAUGAUAGCAGAGUAGAAAAACCGUUAUCUUCAAUCAACCUCAUCCAAGAUCGUCCAUCACAAGUUGUUCAAUGGAUGCGUUCGAGUCCGAGAUUCACCAAGUGUUUCUGAAAUUGCUAGAUGGAAACCACCGGAUCUUAAAUUUCGACGCGCCGUCGGUAUCCAUCUCCGCCCUCAAAAGCCGCAUCGAAGCCCUAACCUCCAUCCCUUCCGGCCUCCAGCUCCUCCUUAGCAAUUCCCGUAUCCUCGAUGAUCACCAAACCCUAAUCAUCGGCCAAUCCGGCCGGAAGUCUCAAUUUUCUGAAACCCUAUUUUGCGAUUCCAGUAUCGAAUUGGAGCAAGGAGGCUUUACUCGAUGCCGUUCAGAUGGAUUUGGGAAGUUUCCUGUUGUGGUGAAUUUGUUGCUUAGGCUCAGAGGUGGGAAAGGCGGGUUCGGGUCGUUGCUGAGAGGGGCGGCGACGAAGGCGGGGCAGAAGAAAACGAACAAUUUUGAUGCUUGCAGGGAUAUGAGUGGGCGGAGGCUGCGGCAUGUGAACGCCGAGAAGAAGCUGGAGGAGUGGAGGGCAGAGGCGGAGGAGAGGAAGUUGGAGAAGAUGGCAGAUGAGUUCCUUAAGAAGAAGGCAAAAGAGAUCAAAAAGAGUGGCAAGGGAAAUGGGGGUGAUGGUUCGGAGAAGUAUGUGGCUAAGUAUAGGGAGGAUUCCGAGAAAUGUAGGGAAGAGGUGGAGAGGUCAGUGCGCGAGUCGGUGAAGGGGUUGGUGAGCUCGAAGAGGAAGAGUCAGGAUGAGGGGAAUGCGUCUGCGUCCAAGAAGUUUAAGAUAUGGUUCGGAAAGAGAAAAAUGGGUGAGAGUGACAGUGAAGAAGAUGAGGAUGAGGAUGAGGAUGAGGAUGAGGAUGAGGACGAGGAUGAGGAUGAUACAUCCGUAGAAGAAGAGCAAAAUGAGGGAUCUGUGGUCAUUGAUGAUGGGAGUCAUUCAGAUUCAAGGAAAGGGGUAGUAGAUGCAAGUUCAGAUUCAGUUACUGGUGGGGAACUUGGUGCUGGAUCCGUCGGGCAAGGUUUCCCAGGGAAUGGUUCAGAGGAAGAAGGUACCGAGGAGUCUUUAAAAUCAGUAAAAAGUCUUGAUGGAUGUGGUGAAGAUGGCAAUAUUAAACACAGGGAUACUCCCGUGAUAGUGAUAGAGAGCCCCGAUGGAAGUAAAGACGAUGAUGUAGUCGUUUCUCCUAGCAAAUCUCAUCCGAGUGAGGUACACGAAGUAGUUAGCCAACACCCUGAUACCUCUCUUUCAGAGGAUGAAGUGGUUUCAGCUGCAGAAACAAGAGACAUUUCUGCGAUUGAAUCAGCAUCUGCAGCUGUGAGUGUUGAAAACGUAGAGAAGCCUCUCAACUUUGAUGAUUAUCAUUCGCCUUCUGAAAUGGAGGUUCUUGGCUUGGAACGGUUAAAAUCAGAACUUCAAGCUCGUGAACUGAAGUGUGGUGGCACUCUGAAAGAACGCGCAGAGAGGCUUUUCCUUCUCAAAACUACCCCAUUGGAGAUGCUUCCUAAGAAACUGUUCGCCAAGAAAUGAAACGCCUAGUACUCCUCUUCUUACUAUUGUGGGGAGUUAUUUUGGUUGUAGUAAAUGAUGAAAUCUUCAGUUUUUACUGGUUAUGCAUGUGAAAUAUAUUCAGUGGCUAACUUGCUAUGCAAAUUGUAUGCUGAUUUGAGCAGUUCAAGAAAUGCACUUCUGCGUCAUAUAUC